AUGGAAGCCGAUGACGGUUACGGCGGAAGAGGAACUCAGCAACCGACCGACGAGGUGAGUCUUCAACCAGAAUGGAGACGCCGAACUGCCUCUACCGGAAGAGAACAAAACCUUACUCUCCAACCAGAAUGGAGGCGAGGUAGGUCAACAGCAACAGCUCCACCUUCUCACUCCCGUGCCGGCGACGGAGCUCAGAAGAAGGAUGAGGAGCAAAAAGAAGAGGUUAUCCUUCAACCAGAAUGGAGACGAUCAAGGUCCACUGUUACUACUACUGCCACUGCAUAUCCAUGGAAUCAAAACCAAAAUUAUGGUGUAAGAAAACCAUUAGGAUCGAGUUCUAGUGGUGUUCAAAGAAGUAGAAACAUCCAUGAAUCUUGGCGAAAUGCUCCACCGCCAGAUUAUGUAGUUCCUAAACUGGAAAGUCUGCAAAUAUCGAAAGAUUUAGCUGCAUCGUCCUUUUCGCUUGAAAGAAAGGAUAAAGCAUUGCCUAUUCGGAGACCUGACCGUGGUGGCACAUUAGCGGUUCUUACGAGCAGACUUAGUGUCAAUCAUUUUCUUUUGAAGUUCAAUCCAGAGAGUAUAAUAUUUCAUUACAAUGUUACUGUGAAACCUAAUUUUUCCUCGAAAGUUGGCCAGCCUCAGAAGUUGUCUAAUAAUGAUCUGUCCAUGAUUAGAGAGAAAUUGUUUUCUGAUGAUCCUGAGAGGUUCCCCUUGGACAUGACUGCGCAUGACGGUGCCAAAAAUAUCUAUAGUGCGGUGCAGUUGCCAGAAGAGACUGUUAAUGUGGUGAUCUUUGAUGGAGAGGAUGAAAAGAUCACUUCAUAUAGUGUUACCAUAACACUUCUUAAUACACUCCGACUUCACAAGUUAAUGGACUAUCUUUGUGGGCGUUCACUCUCUCUUCCUAGGGAUAUUUUGCAAGGGAUGGACGUGGUGGUGAAAGAGAAUCCGGCUAGGCGCACAAUUUCUGUGGGACGACACUUCUAUCCCACAAAUCCUCCUUUAGUAAUGAAAGAACUUCGCCCUGGAAUAAUUGCAGUCGGGGGGUUUCAGCAUAGUUUAAAACCUACUUCUCAGGGUCUGUCCUUGUGUGUAGACUACUCGGUGGUGCCUUUCCGAAAGCAAAUGUCGGUCUUGGAUUUAUUGCAUGAGCGUAUCAAUGGCUUUAACUUGGGUGAAUUUGAAAAAUUCAGGAAAUACGUUGAGGAGGUGCUUAUUGGAUUGAAAGUUAGUGUGACUCACCGAAAGUCUAAACAGAAAUAUAUUGUUGCCGGAUUAACACCUUCAGUUACAAGGCAUGUCACUUUUCCCAUUGACUAUACUAAGGGCUGGAAAAUUGAAAAGGAUGUUAAUCUUCUUAGCUUUUUUAAUGAGAAAUAUGACAAGGACAUUGUACACAAAGAUAUUCCUUGUUUAGAUUUAGGGAAAGGAAACAGGAAGAACUAUGUACCCAUGGAAUUUUGUGUUUUAGCUGAGGGCCAAAGAUAUCCCAAAGAGCGUUUGGAUGGUGCUUCAGCAAAGACAUUGGAAGCAAUGGCACUAGCUCACCCGAGCGAGAGGCAGAGUGCUAUACAGAAGAUGAUGCAAUCGAGUGAUGGACCUUGUGGUGGUGAUAUUAUUCAAAACUUUGGAAUGUCAGUCAAUACGACCAUGACAACCAUUCUAGGAAGAGUAAUUGGACCCCCGGAAUUGAAAUUGAGUGAUCCAAAUGGCAAGAUUGUCAAGAUAACAGUCGAUCUAGAUAAAUGUCAUUGGAACCUUGCUGGAAGAUCAAUGGUGGAAGGUAAACCAGUUGAGCGUUGGGCCAUUCUUGAUUUUACCAGUAUCGGGCCGUAUAGUAAAAAAUUAAGACGAAAGGAAUUUGUCGAAAAACUUAUUGGUAAAUACAAAAAGUUGGGUAUCUAUAUGCAGGAGCCCAUUUGGUACGAAGAAUCUUCAAUGAAGAUACUUAUGAGUCAUGACUUGCUAUCUGAAUUACUUGAAAAAGUCAACAACAUUUGUAAAUAUAACCAAGGUCGACUACAAUUUCUUCUCUGUGUGAUGGCUAAUAAAAGUCCAGGUUACAAAUACCUCAAGUGGAUUUCUGAGACCCAAAUUGGUAUAAUCACACAAUGUUGUUUGUCUUAUAGUGCUAAUCAAGGGGAUGACAAAUUCUAUACUUAUCUGGCUCUCAAGAUCAAUGCCAAGCUUGGAGGCAGUAAUGUAGAGCUGAAUAAUAGGCUCCCUUACUUCGAGGGGAACGAACAUGUUAUGUUCAUAGGUGCUGAUGUCAAUCACCCUGGUUUACGGGACAUUAGGAGUCCGUCAAUUGUUGCUGUGGUUGCAACCAUUAAUUGGCCCGCUGCUAAUCGCUAUGCAGCACGUGUUUGCCCGCAAUUCAAUCGAAGUGAGAAAAUAUUAAACUUUGGGGAGGUUUGUGUUGAGCUUGUUGGUUGUUAUUGGAGGAUAAAUGGAGUCAGGCCCGAAAAAAUUGUUGUUUUUCGUGAUGGGGUGAGCGAGUACCAGUUUGACAUGGUUCUUAAUGAAGAGCUACUAGAUUUGAAGAGUGCAUUCCAAAGAUUAAAUUAUUUCCCAACAAUUACUCUUAUUGUAGCACAAAAACGACAUCAAACUCGAUUUUUUCCAGAUGGUUGGAAGGAUGGGUCUUCCGGUGGGAAUAUUUUACCGGGAACAGUUAUCGACACAAAAGUUAUACACCCUUUUGAGUUUGAUUUUUACCUCUGUAGUUACUAUGGAGGCCUAGGUACAAGCAAGCCCACUCACUACCAUGUUUUAUGGGAUGAUCACAAGUUUACAUCUGAUGAAUUGCAGAAACUUAUAUAUGAGAUGUGCUUUACCUUUGCAAGGUGCACUAAACCCGUGUCUUUAGUCCCUCCUGUGUAUUAUGCUGACCUUGCUGCUUAUAGAGGACGAUUGUACCAUGAAGCAAGGAUUGGGAUGCAAUCUAAGAAGUCAGGAGGAUCUUCAUCUUCUAAAGAUGCAUUUGAACAAGGAUUUUACCGGUUGCAUGCUGACCUGGAAAACAUAAUGUUCUUUAUCUAA